GUGUCGUUCGUGUUCGUGUUGCUGGGAAUUCUGUCGCUGCACAAACUUGAUAACUCUAGAUUAGGCAUUAUUGCACCUGGUGUGUUUGGUUAGUUUAUACUUCAUAUUUCAUUACAUUUUCUUUACAGAGUAAAUUAGGUCAUCGGAAACAAAAUUUAUGUUUAUCUGCAAUCUUGGCCAUAAAUUAACUGUAGAACGAUGAUAAAUUUUUGUGCAUUUUCAAGGCCUCCCCCCUCCCCCGAUUCAAUGUUGACGUUUCGUCUAUAUUUAUAUGGUUUAACAUAUUGUACAUGCAGACAAAAUAUCACGUGUAGUAGAAAACCCAAGUAUACUAAAAAGUUGCGAAUUUGUUUAGUCGUUCUACGCACUUUUGGCCAAGAGUGUAGUUGAUAUGCAAAAUUUUUGUUUCUUUAUAUAGUUGAAAACAACUUUUAAAACUGCAGUUUACUUUUCGUUUCCGAGCACGAUAAGUUAGGAUCGAGUUUUUCUUACUUUUAGAAAAUUACUUUUGAUUAUAUGUUUUUUGUGUACAUCUACACAGGGUGUAUAAAAGAAAAGGUAAUCGAACUUUAGCAUGUUAUCGUGAAUUAUACAGCCAAUUCAAAAAAUAUGUAGUACUACGCUAGGCGUACAUGUAUCUGCGCAAAGGAAUUCCAUGGUUGCUAUGAAAAAAACAUUUCCAGCAGCCGGCUCAAUAUUUAGUAAACUGCAGCCGGCUAUUUAGUAAACUGCUGGCUAUAUAGUGACUAAGAAAUAAAUGCUAAGUUAGACAAAACACAACCCGCGUUUCACUUUCCGCAUGCAGCGUCUAUAUAUACCGUAUACGCUAAUUAUCCGACCUUCGUACAACCUUAGCUGUCGAAUGGUACCUUUUUUGUAUUAUUGCGAUCAAAAAGCCAGAAACGAUACGAUUUAAAAAUGCCGCUGGAAAUCGCAUUUUUCCACCGUUUGGAAUUGCAUGUAAAGCUGUUGUCCAAGUAUUAAAAUUAUUCUCAUUUGAGAUUCAAAUUUAAAUGGUAAGAAUCAAGAUGGCGCAACGCUUGCAUGUAAGCAUCGAGUUUUGGUAAAUGUCUACUCGAAAAUUUGCGUUAAAACAUUUUACAACACUGGAAGCUUGAAGAAUGGACUCCCAAUGCCAAAAGGGCAACAAGCAUGGUCAUGUGGGAAGUGAUUAGCAUAAGCUAUCAAUGGAAAUAUUGAAAGCUGGCCGACCAUUAUUAGCCAAUGUCCGAGGAACUCACACUUUAGCGGACAUUUGUCAGACCCAAGCAAAAUUGCUAUAAUCCACACUGGUUGUUAGUAAAUGCAUUUACAAAACGCAACAUAUAUUACUCAAUGUUUCCCGGGCAUAUAGAUUUUAUAACGUUUUCUCGUUUAGGUACGUUGAUCGCUGCUGCUAUUUUUGCUGCCAUAGUGUGUGUUAUCUCUCUUAUACGUUUCCUGGAAAAUCAUAAGUAUGUUUAAAUCUCCGCACAGGCGAACAUGCUUUCCUGGACAAAAAUUUUUGGGAAAUUUCCCUGACAACUGUUCUUAACCUCAUACCCAGGCCUUUUUGUUCCUUGGUAAGGCACCCUCGAUCGUUGUUAGGGCUAUUCGUUAGAGCGAUUGUUAUAGGUACAUUCAGAGAUGGAAACUUCGCAAAAUAUUUGGGGGAGGGGGGAGGGGGGAUUUUGGGUCGCGGCCACAUGACCAGCUAUGGAUGAUGCAAAUCUUAUAGUUGCGUUUUAAAUUUUUCUGUUUUAAAUUUUAUGCAAUAUAUAAUUUCAUUCAUGGUUGAAUAUGAAUAUUUCUGUAUUAUAAACACCUACAAUCAGGAGCAAAAAUUAUUGAGACAAGCGCAUAAUGCCCCCCUCACCCCCAAUUCAAUGUUGUGUGAAUGACUGAGAAGAGAAAAUUCAACCCACUUUUUCCAACAUUGAUCAUGCAUGGGGGCAUGGGGGAGGCCGACGUACUUUAAAAUGGACAAAAAUGUGAAAAGUCUCAUAAUUUUUGCACUCGGCGAUUGUAGCUGUGGGCACUUCUAACCUGUGGUUUCACACAAUUUUAAGUUUUCUUUUUAUAUUUUAUCUAUAGGAACAACAUGCUAAGGAUGUUCAAAGGAGAUAAAUCAUUUAUUCCUCCGACGAUUAAUGUGUCACAGUCCAUGAUUGUAAGUUGAGCGAUAUACUGAUAUUUCCCUUUUAGUAUGAAAUUUUCAACAUUUAAGCCCCCUACAGACGAGCAUAUUUUCCUUGACAAACUUCUCUUGACAAGUUUACCUUCUCGUGUGUACGCGGUCAACAAGUUUUCCUUGACAAGUUUCCAUUGAAGUUUUGUUGCUCGAACACACGUUUUAUAGGCGUGUCUGCAUGGUUGUUGCGAAAUGCCAAGGCUAUUUAUUGAGUUUUUACUGUUUAAAAAAACAAGCAUAAACAGCUAACUUUCACACAAAGAGACUUGUUGUGGAAAACGUUGCCGUUUUCUGUCGUAUACGCAAGGAAAUAAAACAUGGCCGUAAAUUACAACCCUAGAAAUUCGCCUCGGCACUCGGCAAUUGCCGACGCAAAUACCGAGGCAAGUUACGAUUUUUCAUAGUUUGCCUCGGCAAGAAAAUGCCGAGGCAAUUCCACCCGUUGUACCUUAAAUUAUAAACUACAGUGUCUGUUCGUUGUUUUUUUUUGCUUAAAUUUACAAACUACAGUGUUCGUUCUUUGCAUCACUUCUUUGUUCGGAUUGUUGUCAUCGACGUCGGGUGAACAACAGAAGAUUUCAUUCAUAGCUACUUUACAAAAUACCUAAAUUUGAGCUUUUCAGCGUCGGCUUCGGCUGAAAUAAAGAACAAUCUUGUUUAUUCUUUCAUACAAUUUGUUGUUAAUUACCACUAUAAACUUCUUAAAAACAUUUUGAAUCAGGAACUGCCGACGUGAAUGCCGAAGGGUGCCGAAGUAGGCUAAUUGCCGAAGGAAUUUAAGGUGAUUUCAUUGCGUGCCUCGGAAAAAAUGCCGAGGCAUUGCCGAGGCAAACUCGAAAAUUAUCAAAAGACUUCGGCAAUUAUUUGCAGAGGCAAAAUAGUUGAAUUUCGAGGGUUGCGUAACCAAUUCAAAGUGCAUGAUCCACUUUCGUCACUAAAGUGGAAUAAUUGUUUUAUUAUACACAAGGUCUGAAUUCACAGACUUUGCUUUUCGGAUAUUUUGUUUAUGUUUUUAUCUUCGCUAUUUCGGCCGAUUAUUUUUUCAAAAUAUAUAUUUUUAACCAUUUUAAUUUUAAAAAUUCAUUUGCUAACCUGUAAACAAUUUGUGGGAGUUUUUCAUUGUGUUUUUAAUCCUGUAAAGGCUACAAAAAGCAAACAACUUGCCGUUUUCUCGUUCGCAAAACGUCGGAAAUUCAGUUUGAGCCGCCAUUUUGUUUUUUCUAAUAGCAAGAUAUGAGCUAAUAUCCAGCUAGUAGAGAACCAAUCAGAUUGCAGAAUACCUCUCUCCUCUGCAGAGGCUUCUGUUGGCUAUGAUUACAAUUAGUAUUGAGAUACAUUUCACUAAACUUUACAUGGCGGAUCUUGGAACACGAGCGCAGGCGCUGGGCGAAGGAGCGCAGGCGGGAAAGAACGCAACUUAAGCCUCUGCGGAGGAGAGAGGCAGAAUACCUCAUAUCCAGACCUUGUGUAUAUCUGUGGUGUAUAUAAUACUGUUUGUUUUUCCUAGGGGACAGGAUUAAAAUACCAUAGUUUUCAGAUUGGCUACUUUUUGUGGGGUAGGUGUUCCUUGAUUGUAUGCCACUAAUAUCCCAAAUAUUCUUGUUUAGUAUAAAUAAUAUUUGGGUAAUUCUAAGAAGAAAUUAUAAUACAUCUUAGUAGUAAAAAAUAGGUACGCGCUGCGUACAUGUGGGUAGCCUGCAUUGUUGCUAAAGCUGGAGUAAUACGAGCAACAAAAUUGCUGCAACUUGUAACAAAAUUUGAUUUCAACGGUUGACACAUGUUGCCUCGUGAUUUGUAAUGUAUGUGUAAACAUUUUCAAUUAACAUGCACAUAAAUCAGAUUUGUUGCAAGUUACAGCAAUGCCCAUAUUACUCCAUCUUAAUCGCUAUUGUCAAAUUCUGAAUUUACUGAAAGAAAGUAUUAAGUAAAUUGAACACAGUUGAAAUAUUAUACACAUUUAAUCACAUACAAAACAUCAGAUAUAACAAAAAUACGUAAACGACUGUUACGUGCAUUUUUCAAUAAGCAUAAACAGAUCUAAGAAGUUACAAAGUAUUUUAAUGUGUCAAAAAUAAUUUGCGCACACUGAACAGACAGAACAGUACAAGGUCUUUAAUAUGUAUACGAAACAAAAUACUUCACAGGACGAAAUUCAGACAGUACGAUGAACACUUAACACAAGAAGAGUUCUUGUGCAAGGACAGCAUACAUCAAAGGAUCAGGUUUACAGGCUGCGUAUACAAUUUGAAGGAUAGUCCAUGCAAAGAUAUAAGGACGAUGUUUUCCGGAUCGACAUAUUCUUUAUUUAGUGAUGAUUAAAUUAAACAACGACAUAUUCGAUCCCAUAUGUAUUGGUAAUGACAUUCAACUUGCUUUCAAUAUUCGACAAAUAUAUCCCAAAGACUUCGUGCGCUAAUAUUCUACUGUCACUGACCCUUGUGUAAACUGUGCUUGGCUUUCUAUUUGCCUUAAUUUACACAUUCGACCAGCGCACACUCAUAUUAUGGUUACACAUUCGACAAAUAUAUUUCACAGACCGUGCAGAAAUUCCAAUGACGUAGGUCUACAAACAUAAAAAGAAAAAAUAUUAAUAGUUUACAUUUUAUAUAAUGACAUGAUGACAUCAUAUCUGGCAAGUUUGACAAUGAAAAAGUUUUCCAAGAUGAGUUUUUUUACAUAUACCAAAAGUCAUAUUUACGUUAGUGUCAGUUACUUACGUGAGUGAGAUCAAUGGGAGGUCCACCUAUCACUCGAAGUCACGAACUCUCGUGAUUAUUGAUUAUAUGGACUUUUCACUCUCAUAGACUUCCUCAGCUCAUUGGUCUUCUUUUACCUGGGGCCGAGCGGAAUCAGGGAUCGAUAAAGAAUGGAUUUAUAUAUUUGACAGUAGUGUUGCAGUUAUUUUAGAAAACCCAAUUUUAACAUGACAUCAACAGAAAUUGAUGCAUUUGGUGCCCAACACCCCCCCCGUCAUUUUAGGUUUAGCGAGAUUUUUACACCUUUGUUCUAUCUUUUCAGGUUACAUUUUGCUCUUGAUCCUGUUUUGGAUCAUCUUCAUAUUUGUUUACAGUUUCUCACUUCGCCUCGAAUUCGUUCGGGAUUGGUUUUUGGGCUGGUUAGAAGGAGGAGGGUGGGUAAAUAAGCCUUGUCUUCGUAUUAGAGACCUUAAAGCCCGUUUCACACGGCGUACUCUUCAUGUGCGGAACGCACGUUAUACGGCAGUGAUUCAAACAGCGUACCAAAUACAAUAGGGACCUUAGUAGCAAGACGGCAACGGCUAUUAAUACAAGACAUACAAUGGAAUUUAUGAUAUAGCGUUAUUGAGAAAUGAAUAAUUAGAAGUCCCUUGGGAGUUUUAGACGUCGCCCUCACUCUCGUUACAACAGCAAACUAAUGAUUUUUACGUCUUGUAUGCAACGGGCGAGAAGUGGUACUCGGCAAACUGGCUUAGUAGAAGUCUUCUUAAAAAUAAACCUCCGUCUUAACCUCCUAAAACUAUAUUAAAUUCAUACAAUUAUCACUUAUUUACUGAGACCGAGGGAAACAGUGUGUUUUGUGGACCCGAGACCGCCGUUGGUCGAGGGGCCACAAAACACACUGCUUUCCCGAGGUCUCAGUAAAUAAGUGUUUUGUUAUAUAGUAUAUAAGUGUCAAAGUAUGAAUAAUUCACCGGUUAUUGGAGUGAACUUAAUUUGAAACCAAAACUGGAUAAAUGGAACGCCGUAAAUGUUUAGUAAAAAGUUUAAAAAUGAACUUUGGAACUUCAUGGUUGACACGCAUGCGUAUUGCACCCAUUUUAUUAUUGACCGGUCAAUAAAGGUUUCAUUGCGGACCGGUUGCCGAACAUGACGUUUUGUGGACCGGCACGUGAUACGGUUUUGACCAAUCGGCAAACAGAAAAAUUGAACUUUGACACCAACUAUAUAACAACGAAUAUUGUUAUAGUCACUAGUGUUCUUUAUAAAACUAAACUGCCUUUUAAAAUGGCUUUAUCGAUAAACUUUGGUUUGCAAUAAAAUGAUUUCAAAUUCUCGCUUGCAAAUAACUUUGCUUUCUUUUUUAUUUAAAAAAUUCAAUAUCAUAAAAAAGGGAAUCAAUAUUAAAGAUACACUGAAUUGAAAUUAUAUGCUGUCUUGUUUAGUUGUUUCAUACACGCAAAGCCAAAGGCCGUCGGGUUUUAAAGCCAUUAUAAAAUCAAUAUUUAAAACAAACUUGCCUUCCUUAACGUCGGAUCCCUUCUUUUAGCCGAUUCUUCGGCAGUUUCUUUCUAAGAGAGCUUUUGAAAUUUACAAAAUCUUGCAAAAAUGCGAGCAAAAAUGAAAUAUGUUUGCAAGAAAUUUAUCAAUCAUCAAAUCAAGAAAUGUUUGCUAUUUCGCUGUCGUCAUGCAGUCGUUAUAAUGCAAACUUUAAAUUGGACCAAUCAGUGUCCGCUAUUCAUGACAGUCCGCCAUAUUUUUGAGAUCAGUGAGGAUGACCCACCCAACAUCGUUGGUCACCCACGCCCGCGAUAAUUGAUGAACUUUAGUUUUCGCUAAUGCUUUCGUUUCCCCGGGUGUAAAUAGCCGGGGGGAUUAGUACCCUCGCACGGCGCUUCGCGCCGUCGGCUCGGGGAAUAUUUUUGCAGGGGUAACCAUAAUUGUGGACAUAACUUGUUAAUAAAAUUGUAAUUUGCCACUGUGUUGAAAGUUUAAAUUGUAGUUUGAUUCCUGUAUCCUUGCUAAAACGUCCCCUUUCCCCCAACACAUGCAAUGUUGUUGAAUUACGUGCAGAAAAUGUGGGGGAAGUAAUUUGAAUGUAAUUUCCUAAAAUUUCGAUUUAUUUUAUUAACAGUUUUGUCCACGAUUGAUUAGUUUGGUUCUGCCUGCUAAGUUCAGAAUGACAGAGAUUAGGCUGCCUAGGCAAAUGAUACUGGAAGUAUAUUAUCCCAGAUCCAUUGUCCGUGACAAGGGGUCCAUGACACAGGUCAACUAUACCUAUUGAUCCAAGUUACGAUGAUUUUAGCCCUAAAUGGUAUUCAUCUCAAAAAAUUUUGCUUCACAUUUUGUUUAGCGUUCUCAUGGCCGUGGGUAUUCUUACAAACUUGUGUCUGACUAUAAUCGUGGCGACAAUAUUCCGUGAUCACGACUUUCCCAAAAACGUCAUAUCUAUAAAUAACAGGUAU